CCCCGCCGUCGGUGCCAUGAAGCGGGCGCACCCCGAGUACAGCUCGUCGGACAGCGAGGAGCUGGAUGAGGCCGUCGAGGUGGAGAAGGAGAGCGCGGACGAGAAUGGGAACCUCAGCUCGGCCGCGGGCUCCAUGUCUCCCUCCACCACCUCGCAGAUCCUGGCCAGGAAGAGGCGCCGAGGGAUCAUCGAGAAGCGCCGCCGCGACCGCAUCAACAACAGCCUGUCCGAGCUGAGGAGGCUGGUGCCCAGCGCCUUUGAGAAGCAGGGAUCAGCCAAGCUGGAAAAAGCAGAGAUUCUGCAGAUGACUGUCGAUCACCUGAAAAUGCUGCAUACAGCAGGAGGGAAAGGUUAUUUUGAUGCUCACGCUUUGGCUAUGGACUACCGGAGUCUCGGGUUUCGAGAGUGCCUGGCUGAGGUUGCUCGAUACCUGAGUAUCAUAGAGGGUCUGGAUGCCUCUGACCCCCUGCGGGUGCGGCUCGUGUCGCAUCUCAACAACUACGCCUCGCAGCGGGAGGCGGCGAGCAGUGCGCACGCCGGCAUCGGACACAUUCCUUGGGGCAGCGCCUUUGGACAUCACCCUCACAUACCUCACCCCUUGCUGCUGGCUCAAAACGGGCACGGUAACACCAGUACUACAGCAUCUCCCACAGAACCGCAUCACCAGACCAGAAUUGCUGCCCCACAUGCUGAAACUCCCUCACUCAGAGUGCCCCCAAAUGGCAGCGUCGGACCAGUGCUCCCGGUGGUCACGUCUACCACCAAACUGUCUCCUCCUCUUCUCUCCUCCAUGGCAUCUUUGUCUGCGUUCCCCUUCUCGUUUGGCUCCUUUCAUCUGCUGUCCCCCAACGUGCUGAGCCCAUCGACACCAACGCAGUCAGCGGUGCUCAGCAAACCCUACAGACCCUGGGGCACUGAGAUUGGCGCCUUCUGAGAGCUGACUCUUGAGCAAGGGUGGGCAAGCCUAUAGACCUAGCUGAGCUGGGUUAUGCCACCCUUACAGUUGAAGUUCUUAGUAACUGGGACAAAGGUACAGCUUCACCUUAACUGAGUUUGUCUAAAAAGUGUCUCAUUGGAUUUUUCUUUUUGUUUUCUACAUUUUUGUAUUAACAGGUUGUUUGUUUGGUUUUUUUUUUUUUUGAUAGUUGCUGAAGUUGUCCAAAAAUAAAAUUACAAUAGUGGUUUGUUAACACUUGUGUUAGAUCUCUGCUGAGCAUUUAAGUCACUUUUGUAAGCAGUUUGUUUCAAAUGUUUCAUUUUUCCUGAGUACAUCAGACUGGCUUUUUAUGAAGAGAUACCACCUAUUAUUGUUAGCGAUGACUUAGUUUUGUUACUAAUUUUUCCAAGACCAUUCUUCUCAGAAUUUACAAGCUGUGUUUUUGUUAGUAUUUUGACACUGAGAUGUUCUAUAAAGAAUUACUCUUUUUGUAAACUAUA